GCAUUGUAGCCAGGAGAAGUCCGCGAGUUGGUUCAUUGCUCUCCAAGCGUUGCGUCACUUCCUCCCGGAAGUAGCCAAGGCCAAGCAGAUCCCCGCCUCCCGGUAGCGGCCAAGAUGGCGCCGUGACCGGAAGUCGCCGUUAUUUAGCCGCUUCCUGUUUUGGCUGAGGAGAGGGUUUAAUGGCGUCUUGAUUCCGAAGCCACCAUGAAGAAGUUCUUCCAGGAAAUUAAGGCGGAUUUGCAGUUCAGGACGGCCGGGCCAGGCCAGAAGCUCAGCGAGGCGCCCAAGGAAAGAGCACCGAAAGACAAGGCCAAAGCGGAGCCCUCCAAGUGCCGCCAAGGACCCACCAAUGAAGCCCAGAUGGCGGCAGCGGCAGCCUUGGCUCGGCUGGAGCAGAAGCCGAAGCCUCGGCCGCCUUCGUCCCAAGACGCCAUCCGAAAUCAAGUGAAAAAAGAGCUGAUGGCUGAAGCAGCUGCGAGUGAGAAGGGAACAUCCGUGGAACAGAAGAGCGUUCUCCCUGAUGUCGAAGAGGGCCCCUCCAUCUUGUCCGUCUCCGGAGUCUACUUCACUUGCCCCUUGACCGGGGCCACCGUCCGGAAAGACCAGAGAGACGCCCAUGUCAAGCAGGCCAUCCUCGAUCACGCUGCCAAAGACCCCGUCACCGCUUCUGUCAUGGAGAUCCACACUUUCAACCGAGACCGGGAGAAGGUCAAGCUUGGCGUUGAGACCAUCGCAAAGUACCUUGAUAACAUCCACCUCCAUCCAACCGAAGAGAAAUACCAGAGAAUCAAGCUCCAGAACAAAGUGUUCCAGGAAAGAAUCCACUGCCUGGAAGGGACACACAAGUAUUUCGAGGCCGUCGGGUUUGAAAAGAUGACCCAGGCGGUGCCGGGACAAGAAGACGCCACCGAGGAUUUCUAUGUGCUGAAGGAGGAGGCCUUGGGGAAGCUGGACGAGCUGAAGGAGCGCAAGGAGCAGCUUUUGGCCGGCGAACCCGUCCGGGCACAGCUGGACCGCCAGCGCUGCGUCUUCAAGCCGUCCUCGCAGGCCUCCCGCUUCGAGCUGCCCAGCGAUUUCUUCAACCUCACGGCAGAGGAGCUGAAACGGGAGCAGAGGCUUCGGACAGACGCGGUUGAGAAGGCCUCCAUGCUGAGGACCAAAGCCAUGCGGGAGAAGGAGGAACAGCGGGAGCUGAGGAAGUACAACUACACCCUUUUGCGGGUCCGUUUUCCGGACGGUUACAUCCUGCAAGGGACCUUCUUCGCUCGGGAGCCCGUCUCGGCACUUUACCAGUUUGUGCGGGAGGCCUUGCAGAACGACUGGCUCCCAUUUGAGCUGCUGGGCCCCGGAGGACACAUGCUGACCGACGAGAGCAUGGCACUCAACGAGUGUGGGCUGGUGCCCUCGGCACUCCUGACAUUUGCCUGGGACGCGGAGGUCAUGGCGGACAUCAAAGCCUCCGGAGGCGAGCGCAUCGAGAGCGUCCUGAAGCCGGACCUCCUCUCCGCCGUGCUGAUCCUCUCCUGAAAAUAAAAUAAACUCCCAGCUUGGUUCAGGUCACCUUCCGUCCGAUGCCUGCUUCAAACACGAGCCAUUCAGCAAAUCCUGUUCUCUUUCUGUCUCGUGAACAUUAGACGGGGAAAGAUGAUGUUUGUUUAGGAGCCAGAGCUGAAUAGCUGACUUUGUUUGGCUCCUCUGCAGUGUAUUUGAGGACUCGAUCUGAAUUUACUUGUGUCGGAGUUCUAUUUUUAAGAAGCGCUGCCUUUUCUAUGUAUGCGGUCUCCAACUGGAGGAAGGUUUUCCUCCGAAUCGAUUUCACGUCCUGCCCAAAAGACAUCCCAAUGAGACUCAGAGUUCACAGAGCGUCCGUUUUUCUCUCCAAGCACUUUUUUCUUCGUUCUUUGAAGCCAGGGAGGUUGUUUAUUUUCUCUUUAUUUAAGUCCGAUAAGCUGUUUGCUUGAUUCGUGGAUGUUCCUAGACGCUUAUUUCAGCAGCAGGAAGCAAAAGAAGGCCCCAAAGUACAAUCCAACACGUCCCAGCUAGAAUAGAGCGGAUAAAUGGCGAGUCGGUCUGUAGGAAGGUCAAUGGGUUGGAUUUUGAGCAAGCAUGUGAGCUUUCACUGUUCUAGCAUGGUUUGUCAUGCUGUGACAGCCAUCUCUCAAAAUUAUUCCACUUCUAUGCAGAGGAUUGAAGAACAGACUGGCUAUGUCCCUGUAGCCAGAUGCAAAUCCUCAUUGAGAUUUGCUAAGGAUCCUCAGCAGAUAAUGUCAUUAGUUUGCAGCUUGGUACAUAAAUAUACUUCCCUAAUAUCCCUUGCACCAAGGAGAUUGGAGAAUAGAAUUGGCGAAGAUGUCCUCAUUGAGAUUUGCUAGUUUUUUCAGUGGAUAAUGGCAUUGGUUUGUAGCCUGGUACAUAGCCAGGUGUUUCCCUAAUAUCCUUUGCCCCAAGAGGAGACUGGAGAAUAGGCUGGCUAUAGAUGCACUGCAAAGAUGUCCUCAUUUGCUAGGGUUUUCAGCAGAUGCCAUUAGUCUGCAGCUUGGGGUGUAACCAGAUAUUCCUCUAACAGCCCUUGCCUCAUGCAAAUGGGGUUGAAAGACAGUCUGGCUAUGUCCCUGUAGCCAGAUGCAAACUGAGAAUGUCCUCAUUGGUUAGACUCCUCCGUGCAUAUUGCCAUGAGUCUGCAGAUUUGCACAUAGCCAGAUGCUUCCCUAAUACCCUUUGUCCCAUGCAAAGGGAUUGGAGAACAGGCUGGCUAUGGCUCUGUAGCCAGACUCAAAGUGAGGACAUCUUUGUUGAGAUUUGCUAGAUUCCUCAGCAGAUAACACUAUUGGUCUGCAGCUUGGGAUGUUGCCAGAUGCUUCCCUAAUACCCUUUGUCCCAUGCAAGGGGAUUGGAGAACAGGCUGGCUAUGGCCCUGUUGCCAAAUGCAAAGUGAGGACAUAUUUGAGAUUUGCAUCUGGCUACAGGGACAGAUCAUGCCAUUGGUCUGCAGCUUGGGAGAUGGUGACGCCUUUCCUGGCUAUUCCAUCUCCCAUGGAGAGGAUUGGGGAAUGGGGUGGCUAUGUCCCAAUAUCAGGACACAAAAAAGAUUUGCUAAAGCUCAGCAGGUAACAGAGCCAUAGCCAGAUGAUUCUCUUAAGAGAUUGGGAGUAUUCACGAGUCAAUGGCGGAAUGUUCACACUAUAUUUCAGAUUUAAUUUGAGGCAUUGAGAGCUAUAUUUCAGCUGAUAGAGAUCGUGGGAGGUGCAGUCCUUUGACUACUGGGAAUUGAAGUCCAAAGUAGCUUAGAGGGCUACAGAUUCUCCCUAUUUCUAGAGGAAUAAGUCUCUUAGAAGACAGAUGGUUCUGAGAAAAAUGAAUGUGUUAACUACAAAAGUAUUCCUUGAAAAACGUUAGCAGAUAUUUCAGGAUUUAUGAAAUGCUUCCGGAGAGUUUUCACAGCCCUCCACUUGUCGUCUUUUUGGCCGGCUGUUGGAGUCUUCACCGGCAUGUAUUCCGUUCUUAAAACAACUUGUUCUAAUACAGAAAGGCUGUAUAGUGAUCGUUGUUAUUGAAUUUUGAAUUAAAUUUAGUUAUGGAAAUGA